CUGUCGCUGAAUUUGUCAUUUUCCGGUCGUCAGCGUACGCGCGAGUUUUAGCGUGUGUUGAGAAAAGAUUGUACAAAGAAAAAAUUAAAAGGAGUCGCUAAAUAGUGCUAUUUAAUUAAGUUAUUAACUGACAAUAGAAACUACACACCAACACACUAAAACCACCAAUUAAAAUGGCAGACAAAGAAGUCAGUAUGGAAGUUAACGGUGAAGACUUCACCAAGGAUGUGACCACCAAUGAUGUGGCGAGCUCUGAAAAUGGUGAUGCGACUCCCGCUACCGGCGCCGCUGCAAAUGGCAGUACCGAAAAUGCAGGCGCUGCGAGUAACCAGCGCGAUGACGACAGAAAACUGUUUGUUGGCGGUCUCAGUUGGGAAACCACUGAAAAGGAACUGCGCGAUCAUUUCGGCAAGUUCGGUGAUAUCGAGAGCAUCAAUGUGAAGACAGAUCCUCAGACGGGAAGGUCGCGAGGCUUUGCCUUCAUUGUGUUCACCAACACGGAGGCAAUCGAUCAAGUUAGCGCCGCCGAGGAGCACAUAAUCAACAGUAAGAAGGUUGACCCCAAGAAGGCCAAGGCGCGCCAUGGCAAGAUCUUCGUGGGUGGCCUCACCACAGAGAUCACCGAUGAGGAGAUCAAAACCUACUUCAGUCAGUUUGGCAACAUUGUUGAGGUUGAGAUGCCAUUCGAUAAGCAAAAGUCACACCGCAAGGGAUUCUGCUUCAUUACCUUCGAUUCGGAGCAGGUGGUCACCGAUCUGCUGAAGACACCCAAACAGAAAAUCUCCGGCCGGGAAGUUGAUGUGAAGCGCGCGACGCCAAAACCUGAGAACCAAAUGAUGGUCAUGCGAGGUGGAGCGCGAGGUGGCAUGAGGGGAGGACGUGGUGGAUACGGCCGUGGUGGUUAUAACAAUCAAUGGGAAGGCCAGAAUUCGUAUUCGGGAUAUGGCGGCUAUGGCGGUUAUGGUUCCGGUGGUUUUGCCGAUUACUAUGCCGGUGGCUACUAUAAUGGAUAUGACUAUGGUUAUGACUACGGUUAUGGCGGCGGCUUUGAUGGUGGCUUCGGCGGUGGCAAUGGCUACGGCAGCGGAGGCGGCGGUGGCGGUGGCGCUGGUGGCGGGCGCGGUGCCGGCGGACCGCGCGGCGGCCCAAAAGGCGGCGGCGGCUUCAACGGCGGUGGCAAGCAACGUGGCACUGGACGCCAGCCCCGACAUCAGCCCUAUUAAAAAGAGGGGGCGGGGCAGGUAGCCCUUACCCCUAACCACCGUCGCAUCUACUUAUAUAUAUCUGCAAACUAUUUGAAUUUUUAUUAGUUUAGUUUGUUAUGCAUACUACGAAACAACACACACACAAAGAAACACCGAAUACAUACACACACAUACACACGCACACACACUCGCAUCCGUAUUGUAAGAAGUCUACAGAAGCGAACUGCAGGCAGACCUCAAAUAUUUCUCAUGGCAGCAAAAGCAGAAAGCAAAACCAACAUUAAACACACACUUGUUGUGUGGCACCAUUCCAACAACAGCAACAAUAACUACAGAACAGCGGCAACAACAACUAGCAGAAGAGAAGAAGAACACCAACAGCGGAAAAAGCAACAAUAACACAAUAUGGUUAGACAAAGAGAGAGAGUUUAGGCUUGGAAGGGUGGUUAAUUUUUCAUAGUCACACUUGCUAGCAAGAAGCCCCCCACUCAGCAGAAGAAACAGAAGCAGAAAAAAAGUAGAAGAAGCACACACAGAAGUUAAUGCAGAAGUAGAAGUAGAAGAAGCUGAAACAGAAGCAGAAACGAGUAGAAACAAAAGCAGAUGCAGAAGUAAAAGCUGAAACAGAAGUUAAUGCAGAAACUGAAACAGAAGCAGAAACAGAAACAUAAACUGAAACAGAAGCAGAAACAGAAACAAGUAGAAGCAAAAGCAGAAGCUGAAGUAGAAGCUGAAAAAGAAGAA